CCCUUUUAAAAUCGUCAUGUGUAGUCAAAAUUUGUUGCUUUUGCUAGGGAUUUUAUUACUUCUACUUUCUAACUGCCGGGGAAAUACUGCUAGAAAUGCAUCUUUAGCCUCCUUAAAUCGCGAAAAGCGCCUAUCCGAUGGCGAUUUCGAUGACGAUUCCCUUCCGUUGUCGAGUUUUUGCGUUUCCAUAAGGUCGCGAACUGCCGACGAAUUCUUUGGGGACAAUCACUUCUGCUCAGGCGUUAUCCUGGCUCCCAUGUUCGUCCUGACCUCCGCGCACUGCUUGAUUAACAAGCGACGGGUUUUGAUAUCCAGUCGCAUCCUGCUGGUUGUUGCUGCGACUCUCAAUCGGCUGAAAUACAUACCGGGCAGAACUUUUGUUACUCCUGUAUCCCACAUUUGGUUGCCCGAUAGCUUCACAAUGCGCAAUAAUCAGCCCUUCGGACUGUUAAAGGUGCAGAAGCCGUUCCCAAAUGAUAAUGAGCAUAUUGCUAUAGCCAGAUUGCCCGACAAUCCACCGCUGCCAGGUCUGAAGUGCAAGGUCAUGGGAUGGGGUCGAAUGUUCAAGGGUGGCCCGCUUGCCUCGUAUAUGCUUUACAUCGACGUGGAGGUGAUAGACUCCGAGAGGUGCGCCAGGAUGCUGAGUGUCCCUGAUACUGAGUUCGUGUGCGCCGUGGACAAUGAUAAUCGUACUUCCCAGCAGCCUUGUGGCGGCGACUGGGGUGCCCCCAUGAUGAACAAUGGCACGGUCUAUGGGAUCGUGAGUAUUCUCGAUGGCUGCGGCGUCAGAAACUUGCCAUCCUUGUACACCAAUGUGUAUAGCAAUGUGAACUGGAUCACUGAGAAAAUGGUCAGCAAUGCAGGUGCCAUCCUACUUGUUCCAGCCCUAUCUCGAUACAUUACUCACUCAUAUAUGUGGCGCCUUUUUUAGUUUUGUAAUGCAACAUGACAUAUCUAAGUGUGUAUGGUUUCAAGAAAAUUGUUUGACAGUGUAAAAUGUAUGUUAAGUAAAUAUUUGCAUA